AUGUGCGCCCAAGAGGGCAGUUGCCGCCCCCCACCCCCACCUGGGCAGGGAGUUCUGGGAGGACCACCCCUUCCUGACGAGCAAGGGCAGGACCCCCCCAUCCCCCACUUCCAAACUCUAGGAACACUCAGCCGGCGUCUGUCCGAGGAGCAGCUGGAGGGCGCCGCAGAGAGCAAGAGACUGGCCUGGAGGCAAGUGGAGGUUGGACACAGCUGGACAGGAGGCUCGCUGCGGCUGGAGGAGAAGGAGGAGGAGGAGGCUGGAAGUCUCUCACAGGAGGAGCUAAUGUCCAGUUUGCAAGCUGACUCGUCUGGCACCAAGUCAGCGCGCCCCAGUGGGUUUCGGCCUCGGCGCCGAGCCCCGCGUGGCCCAAAUCACACUCCGCUCAACAGACCAGGAAGUCCGUGCGCCCGGCGGACGGCUGGGACCCGCGCCGCGCGCCCUCCGCCCUCCCCGCGCCGCCCUCCCCGCGCCGCGCCGCGCGCCUCCGGCCCGGACAGCUCCCAGCCCCCCGCGCCCGCCGCCGCCGCCGGCGGCCGCCGCGCGCCCGGCCCCGCUUACCUGGAAGCCGGCGAUGCCGCCGCCCACCUCCCUGCUGCGUGGUCUCAAACCGAGCAGCGGGCCGGGACGGGCGUCGAGGUAGAUGGAGAGGAGGCGGCGGGGAAUCCGCAGGACCGGCGGAGCGCGGCCCCGCCGACGGCGCCCGAGACGGGAGUUAGCAGCGAGACGGCGGACGGCGUCGACGCGGGGCCGCCAGCCCGGAUGGAGGCGCUGGCGGGCCGAGCGCGGGCGGGCGUGGGCCGGGAGGCGGGGGGCGGCCGGAAGGGGGGGGCCGGCCCCGGCCUGGCCUCACGCAGCUCCGCCGGAGAGCAGGCGAACUGCGGGCGCCGACGCCCGGCUCUUAUAGCCGCGCCACCCCGCGGCUCGGCGCCCGCUCGGGCCCCGCUGGCCGCGCGCCCGCGCCAAUGGGCGCCCGCGGGGGCCCUCGCCCCGCCCCGGGACCGCCCCCCGCAACUCGAGCCACGGGCGGGAAUGCGGGCCGGGGCCCUCGGGCGGUCCUCCCCACCCCCACCCCGCUCCGGAGGCUUCGCGGGGCCUGGUCCCGUUUCCGGGGGGCCGGGGCCGGUGGCCGAGAGGCCCUCGGAGCCGUGGGGAAGGGGUCUCCCAGGAGCGGGGGGAUCUCGGCGCAAGCCCUCGAGUUAUUGGGGUCUCGCAGUAUUGGGGGUUCACGGCGCAGGCCCUCGCAGUAACCGGGGUCUCGGCGCGCCCCGCGGGUCCCGGUCGGCAGCGGCCCGGGGAAGAGGCGGCUUCCCCGGGUUCGCGCCGAGCGCGCUGCCGCCACCUGCCCCGGCAGGCGGAGCCCGCCGCGCGGCACCUCGGACGGACGCCUGGUCCCGAGCGCCCCCCGGCGCCGCGCGGAGCCCGGAGCAGCCCGGGCGGCCGCCAGGUGCGCGCGCGCGGGGCCGGGCCGGCCGGACGCGGACCGGCGAGGAGAGCGGCGGGGCGGAAGCGAAGCUCAGUUCCUACCUGCGCGGCGGAGCUCACCGGGAUGCGCUUAAGCAGCUCGCUUUGGGGACCCACCCAGAAUAUCCGGACAAUGGCUCCCCCGUCCUCGGUGCGUUGGCCUUCCGUAGACGCGGGUUCAGCCCCGGGGGCCACCACGAUAAUUUGGGGAUCUGGGGAACCCAUCUCCUGGAGAGUUUGGACGACGUUAACUUAAGUAGUGUGAUUUUUAAAAAACCAAGUCAAAACCAUUCCCCAAUCCGUGCACCCCGUCCACCCGCGCGGCCCGCGCCUGGCCCGGGCGGCGGAAGCCCGCGCGCCCGCUCACCCUUCCCCGCCGGGAGCCGCGGCCGGUGCCGGCUCGGCGCGCGCCCGCCCGCCCGAGCCCGGACGGCCGGCGGCCCGGCGCGCGGCCCCGCACCGCCUUCCCCCGCGGCCGAGAUCUUUGCAAAGAGAAAAGGAAAGCGGCGCCGUGCGGGGCGCCCAGCCCGAGGGAGUGCGGGGCUGCCCCGUGCCGCUCCCGGGGCCUCCCGGGCGCAGCGGGAGGCGAGCGAACGCCGGUCGAGGCAGGAGGGCGGCGGGCAGCGGCGCGCGCGCGCGCGGGGAGCUCACCGCGAGGUCGGGGACGACGUCCGCAGGCGCGCGAGGAGCCGAGGAGGGCGGCCGAACUCCCGGUGGAGGGCAGCGGACGCUGCUGGAGGAGUGCCUAUCCCUGGAGAAACCACUGCCACGUGGACCACGACAUGCGUCCUGAUUGGCCAGCUGCGCUCCCAGCUGGCCGCCGGCCACCCCCCAGCCCACCCUUGGGCACCCCCAGCUCGGCACCCCUCCACACCCUCCUUCCACCCCACCCGCCCUGCCCUGGAGCCGGGCACCCCACAAGGCUCGGGGAAGGGGCCGCACUGCCCGGAGCCAGCAGCGCCCAAUGGCACAGGGCCCAUGGCGGAUCAGCACACCCACAGCCAACACCGGAGCCCCUGCCUUCCUGGCUGGGACAGCCUGCCCUCCCCCUGCCUGCUCCGGCCUCUGCCCUUCCUGGCCAAGAAGCUGCCGCCACCGCCGCUGCUGCCGCUGCUGCUGCUGCUGCUGCUGCUGCCGCCACCAAGGCCUAGGAGCCCUCGACGCCCAGCCCCAGAUGGGGUACCCGGAGCCCCCCUAAAUUCCACACCCCGCACUGGGACUCCGUGCCCCUUCACCCCACCGUGUGACUCUGUGCCCCUUCAGCCCGUGGGCUUCCUGUAA